AUGCUUUUCCGCUCUCUCCUGUCAACGGCUGUCAUAGCCCUUUCGCUAAGUGCAGACAAUGUCUCCGCUGCGAAGCAUGGCCCUUUUGGAAGAAAGGCGCGCGACUCGCUGGCCAAGCGCAGCCCGCCGCCUGUUCAAAAGCCAGGAAAUCAUUCCACCGAGGGUUUCAGAUUCCUGGAUCACAAAACAAAGCCUUACCGUGUGGAGAGCCUGCCCGACGUUCCGUUUGAUAUAGGCGAGAUGUACUCUGGAUCAGUGCCGAUCGAGAAGGGUAACAGCUCGAAAUCGCUCUUUUUCAUAUUCCAACCCAAGCUUGGGGAGCCGGUUGAUGAAAUCACUAUCUGGGUCAACGGUGGCCCGGGUUGUAGCUCCCUCGAGGGCUUUUUCCAGGAGAACGGUCGGUUCCUGUGGCAGCCGGGAACCUUCGCGCCUGUUGAGAAUCCUUAUUCCUGGGUGAACCUGACCAACGUGCUCUGGGUUGAUCAGCCUGUCGGAACCGGCUUUGCCUUGGGAACUCCAACUGCAGUCUCGCAGGAGGAAACAGCCAAGGAUUUUGUCGACUUCUUCAAGAAUUUCCAAAAACUUUUCGGAAUCAAGAACUUCAAGAUCUUCGUCACGGGUGAGAGUUAUGCCGGGCGUUACGUUCCGUACAUCUCUGCGGCAAUGCUGGAUGAGGAGGAUAAAGAGUACUAUGACGUGAAUGGAGCACUGGUGUAUGACCCUUGUAUUGGACAGCACGACUACGUGCAAGAAGAAGUGCCCGCAGUGCCAUUUGUUCAACAGCACGCCAACCUGUUCGGCUUCAACGCCAGCUUCAUGGAGGAAUUGGAGAGUCUCCAUAAUUCCUGCGGUUACGCGGACUACCUGGAUCAAUACCUGGUCUUCCCUCCCUCGGAAGUCCAGCCCCCGAAAUUAUUCAACACCACGAGCGAGGCCGACUGCGACGUCUUCGAUAUCAUCAACAACGAAGCCAUGCAGUCCAACCCUUGCUUCGACAUCUACGAAGUCAACCUGAUGUGUCCCCUCCUCUGGGACAUCCUCGCCAUGCCCACCGCGCUAGACUACCAGCCCGCCGGCGCGACCGUCUACUUCGAUCGCGAUGAUGUCAAGAAAGCCCUCCACGCCCCGAACAUCACCUGGUCCGCCUGCUCGACCGAAAACGUCUUCGUUGGCGGCGACGCAGGCCCCGAAGCCGAGGGCGAUAUCUCCGCCAACCCGAUCGAACACGUUCUCCCGCAGGUCAUCGAGGCAACCAACCGGGUGCUCAUCAGUAACGGCGACUAUGACAUGAUCAUCCUAACCAACGGCACCCUGCUGGCCAUCCAGAACAUGACCUGGAACGGAGAAUUGGGCUUCCAGGAGGCCCCGAGCACCCCGAUCGACAUCACCCUGCCAGAUCUCCAGUACCAGAAUGUCCUGGAGGAGAACGGCAUCACCACCUGGGACCUCGGCCAGGGUGUCAUGGGCAUCCAGCAUUACGAGCGCGGCCUCAUGUGGGCGGAGACGUACCAGAGCGGACACAUGCAGCCCCAGUACCAACCGAGAGUGACCUACCGUCAUCUGGAGUGGCUUCUGGGUCGGACUGAAUCGUUGUAA